GCUAUGCGAGAAGAGAGCGAAGCUGUCAGAUUGAACAAGACAGUGGUGCAAGGUAGCAAGGAGAAGUGGAUCAAGUUGCUGGUGAUCCUCAUUAUGGAGAAGGUCAACAACAGGAGGAGGAAAGAAUGGAUCUUUCGGUGGUGGUGCUGCUGA